ACGUCAGCGUGACUUGAUUAAUAUUCAUAACGGGAGCCUUUGCCGUAGUGGGAUCUGUAAUUUCGCCGCUGUUAGGUUGUCAAUGUCUCAGAAUGAAGGUGGAUACUGUUGCAGCUGCGAUGAUGGGUUACCACUGCAGGUGAAAAUGAAAACAUCGUUACUUGGCGAUGUGAGAGGAGAGUUUGCCCAUCGUUGUCUCGGAUAUAAGUGACCGAGUGUGUGUCUGCAUGUGUGUGUGCAUUGUGUGUUAGUCUGCAGGAAUGUCUGUCCGUAUGUGUGUGUGGAUUAUAAGGAAGCGCAUUGUGACCAACCGGGAGCGGAUUUUUGCUGCAAUGACCCGUUCAAGCACAAAUUUCUGUCCCAUCGUCCGGCCUUCCCAUCCUCUCGGCCCAGACAUGCACCAUCUCGCCAUCUUUUGACUUGAUGAAGAUUCCUUACAUCGGUAAUGUGAUGAAUAAAUUUGAGGUCCUUGGGAUUGUAGGAGAGGGAGCCUAUGGGGUGGUCCUGAAAUGCAGGCACAAGGAGACAAAAGAGCUUGUGGCUAUUAAGAAGUUCAAGGACAGCGAAGAGAAUGAGGAGGUUAAAGAAACGACGUUACGAGAGCUCAAGAUGCUCCGGACGUUGAAGCAGGACAACAUCGUAGAGCUAAAAGAGGCUUUUCGGCGACGGGGGAAACUCUAUCUAGUGUUUGAAUAUGUGGAGAAGAAUAUGCUUGAGCUGUUGGAGGAGUUGCCCAAUGGUGCACCACCCGAUAAAGUACGAAGCUACAUCUUUCAGCUGAUCAAAGCUAUUCACUGGUGCCACAAGAAUGAGAUCGUUCACCGGGAUAUCAAGCCUGAAAACCUGCUCAUCAGCGCCAAUGAUAUCCUGAAGCUGUGCGAUUUCGGCUUUGCCCGUAACCUCUCUGAAGGAAAUGAUGCUAACUACACUGAGUAUGUGGCAACCAGGUGGUAUCGUUCACCCGAACUGCUUCUGGGGGCUCCAUAUGGGAAGGCGGUGGACAUGUGGUCAGUGGGGUGUAUUUUAGGAGAACUGAGUGAUGGGCAGCCCCUGUUUCCGGGCGAAAGUGAAAUCGAUCAGCUUUUCACCAUUCAGAAGGUGUUGGGCCCUUUACCACCAGAACAGAUGAAGCUGUUCUACAGCAACCCUCGUUUUGCCGGAUUAAGAUUUCCUUCAGUUAGUCACCCUCAGACGCUUGAGAGAAGAUACCUGGGUAUUAUCCACGGACUCAUGUUGGAUUUAAUGAAGAACCUGCUGUGCUUGAACCCGACCGAGCGCUUUCUAACAGAACAGUGUCUGAACCACCCCGUGUUUCAGGGUUUGAGAGGUUCAGAGCGACCAGCUCCACCCUCGCCCACCCCAACUCGCUCUUCGAAGAGAAAACCGUACCAUGGAGACAACACUAUCCCUAGCAGGAGUCAUGGCAGUAAGAGUUCAAGUCACCGACGUGCUAACAGUAAGGACUGCUCGUCGCUACCGCGCCAUGAAGAUCUCCACCGGAGUACCGACAAUUUCUUAAAUGGGAGCAACAUGCAGACGUCAUCCACCCUGAGCCCCACCCUACAUCCCAAGAGUUACCAGGCCCAGACCCUGAGCCGGUCUACCUCCUGCAGCAAAGACCUUGCCAACAACAACCUUCCCCACCUCCUCAGCCCCAAAGACACUAAAGGAAAGACAGAGUUUGAUUUCAACCUGGGGCCUAAAGCUGGAGGUGCCACUGCAUUGGCGGACACAUCCGGCGGAAAGUACCUCAAGUCCUCCAAAUCAGGACGGCACUCAUCCUUCUUAGAAGGGAAGACCAGCACGCUGCAAUCCGGGGACAAGCACAGUCGCCAUAAUUACAUGGAGUCUUCACACGGAUCCAUGCCUUCCACGUCCUCCUCCAAAAGUUCCUCGUCCUUCCUCAGCCUCUCCAAGAGCCACGGGGCACUGAACGACGCCAAGUCUGUGGGAAAUCUGGCCGAGACGCGUCUCCACCUGGAAGAUCCCAUGGCAGGAUCGGGCUCAGGUUCCCGGUACUUCCCAUCCAGCUGCUUGGAUCUCAACGCGGCUCCCGGGAGUCCCAGAGCGGAGCGGCACGCUGUGGCGGAACGACAAGGUCACAGCCCCAGCAGCCGGGGGAACGCACGACUAGAGGGGGGCACUCUGGACUCUCGCCGGUCUUCAGGACGGAAAAAAACACCAGAUGAACCCAAAGCUUCCGACACGUUGGACCCGAGCAGGGCUGCAGUAGCAGGGGGCGUGCACCCUCACAAUCUCCCCUCUCCGCACGAGUCCUACCCUUACGGUCUGGGCUACACCAGCCCGUUCUCUUCUCAGCAGAGACCUCAUCGCCACUCCAUGUACGUUCGGAGAGAGCGACAUCGGCCGCACGGCCAGGAGGUGAGCUUGACGGUCGGGCAGGGGGUUCCGACGCGUGCCAGCAGCUUACAGCUCCUCUCGCCCCAGCUGCAGCACAGGACGCUCCCACGACACAACACCAGUUCCUCUCGAGAAGAACUCACGCAAGAUCUCAGCAGCAGGAAUGACCAGUCUCCCAAAGAGAAGCCUCACUCCCGCCCACCAAUUAAAGAUUCUACGAGGGACAACACGGCUCCUUUCCACACCCAGCGCCCAAAAAAUGAGUGUGACCGACCUCUUGUACCCCAGACCGGGAUGUACCAUGACCCUCAUGUAGAAGAUGGAACCUCAUCCAAAGAGAACCGCAUUAUCUACAGUGACUCCAUGCCUCGUAGAGUAGGAAGUUUUUACAGAGUGCCCUCUCCACGACCUGACAACACGUUUCACGAGAGCACGGGGCAAAGCCGAGCGCCAACUGCGGCAGUAGAAACCACAUCCAGGACAAACCACCCCAAACGUCAGACCAAUUUCGACCCCUGGAAUAACUCUGAGGCCAUGGUCAUGAACCAACCAGAGGUCCCUAAACAAAAGGAGAAGCAGGGAUUCUUCAGAGCCAUAAAAAAGAAGAAAAAGAAAUCGCAACCGACGGACGGCAGCGCGGGAAGGAACCCGAGCAUCAGGAAAAGCCUUUUCCCCCUCUUUAACUCAAAGAAUAGCUUAAAGCAUAAUUCUUCUGUCAAAGUGCUCCCUGUUGUUCCUCAGCCCAUGAUUCCCGGUGACAGCCAGCAGGAACAGCUAGUUAUACAGAGACCGGUGAAAUCCUCCUCUCAUCAUAGCAGUCGACACCGCAACCGGGAUCGCGACCGGGAACGUGACCUGGAAAGGGACAGGGAGCGAGACCGGGACCGAAACAGAGAGAGGGAUCGUGAAAGGGAAAGAGACAACACUUGGCAACCUGAAAAGCAACCAGACAUUCAACCUCAGAACCAGCCUCUGAAGUCCCUCCGCAAACUCCUACACCUUUCCUCUCCCGCUACGUCUAACCAGCCGCCACCUCCCGAUCGCUCGGCUGAACUGCGCUUCCAUCCUCUCCCUAACCCCCCUUCCAAAGGGAACCUGAACGAAGGCAGAGGGCAUCCGGUGGGCAGCGUCACCCCCAAUACCAAGAGCCGCAAACCCCACAACUACCCUCUGCCAGGGCAGAUCGAAUCCAGCUGGCACGUCUCCGCUUUGACUCGAGCUGAGGGAGCACCGUAUCCGGAGCAAAUGGCAAAUAAAGGCGGGCAGAACGGUAUCGGCUUUACCAGACCUGCCCGCGCGAGAAUGCCAAACCUCAACGAUCUGAAAGAAACGGCUCUUUAGAGGUGACCCUCGGUACUUGGUCUCUUAUUUCCUUCUCGGCUACCUAUGGAAUGCUACACGAUAUCGAUCAUACAGUGGUACACAAUGCCACUUCUAGCCAGAAGGUGGCAAUAGUUAUGUCUCAGAUUUGUUUUAUAAAAGCAUCCACAUUUGAUAGAAUUUGUAUUAUUGUUCAUUAUUACAUCUGGGUUCAGUUUUCUGUUGAAUAUCUUACUGAUGAUGAUGAUGAUAUGAAUUUAUGUAUUUGUAUAUGGAAAUUUAGGGAUGGGGAAAUCUGUGGAAUUGUAAGAGCUUUAGUUUAUACACAAGAGAAUGUAUAAAUAUUUAAUGUGUAAUAAUUCUAUAUUUCACGAAGAUUAUUUAAUGAAUUAUCGGUGUUAUAAUGUACAGAGUGCAUUUUAUGGUUGUAACAGAAGUACUUAUGCUUUAAAUUAUUUUCUUCUCUUUGUUGAACAUUGUUUUCUGAUAUGAAUUUUCAGACUACAGCAGGUCUAUAUUACAUACUGGAUCAUACUGCAGGUUCAAGAAUAAAUCCUUCCCUCAAGGUUUUGGACUUCUCCGCAUUAAAAGACACAUAACGGCAUAUCAGCAAUUACUGAUUCUGCUUAACCAGGUUCUGUAAUACUUUUCAGGCAAGACCAUUAAAUCAAAGUCCCACGA